UAUCUUUAUCAUGGGGCUUUUGUGUGGCCUUCGCUGGACUCUAUCUAACUCUCCCUCUUUCUCUCUCUACAAUAUCUGUUCACCAUCUUCGUUCAAUUCAUCGCCUGCAAUCCCUCUUUCUCUCUGUUCGGUUCGAACUAAUUAAAGAGUUUUGGAUUCAGUUCUUUGAUUCUUCUUGAUCUCUGCUGGUAUGUUUGUUUGCUGUUCAACGUUUAGUUCCGAUGUUUCCAAAUAGCAAUGGCUUCUGCUCCUUCAAUGUCUGUUUCUGUAGAAUGCGUGAAUAUAUGUAAGUUCUGGAAUGGGGACGUGAGUGGACGAUACGACUGUAGCGUCCUGUCUUGUGCGUGGAAGGCUCCAAGGGCAUUGACUGGCCUCUUUGCGAGCACUGCGCAUCCUACUCAGCCGUAUGGACGAACAGGAAGAAGAAAUUGCAUCGUAUGUAGAUGUGAAAGCCCUGAUAUUGGAGGAUGGCACUCUACUGAAGUUUCAGUCUUCAAACUUCGACAGAGACUCUUAAGAUCAAAUUUGCUUCAUUUUGCUUGUAGAAAUCGGCAUUUGUGUUGUUCUUCAUCCUUUCCUUCAGAAUCAUAUUAUGAGGUUUCACCUGAAAGCUUGUGGGAGGAUCUUAAACAUACGAUUUCCUAUCUUACAGCGAAGGAGUUGAAAUUGGUUCGUGCUGCUCUGGACCUGGCUUUUGCGGCGCAUGAUGGCCAAAAAAGACGCAGUGGAGAGCCCUUUAUAAUUCACCCUGUUGAAGUUGCACGAAUUCUGGGAGAGCUUGAGUUGGAUUGGGAGUCAAUUGCUGCUGGUUUAUUACAUGACACUGUGGAGGACACUAAUGUUGUUACUUUCGAAAGAAUAGAAAAGCAAUUUGGUGCUACAGUGCGCCACAUUGUAGAAGGAGAGACUAAGGUAUCCAAACUUGGAAAACUUAAAUGUAAGAAUGAAAGUUCAUCAGUGCAAGAUGUGAAAGCGGAUGACCUCCGCCAGAUGUUUCUAGCCAUGACUGAAGAGGUUCGUGUCAUAAUUGUCAAAUUAGCUGACAGAUUACAUAACAUGCGUACACUUUCUCAUAUGCCUCCACAUAAGCAGUCCAGCAUUGCAAUGGAGACGCUGCGGGUCUUUGCUCCUCUAGCAAAACUGCUAGGGAUGUACCAAAUUAAGUCUGAACUCGAAAACCUAUCGUUCAUGUACACAAAUGCUCAAGAUUUCGCUAAGAUCAAGCGAAGAGUUGCGGAACUAUAUAAAGAACAUGACAAGGAGCUUAUAGAGGCCAAAAAAAUAUUGACAAAGAAGAUGGAGGAUGAUCAGUUUUUAGACCUUAUGACAGUGAAGACUGAAGUUCGAUCUGUAUGUAAGGAGCCUUACAGUAUAUACAAAGCUGUACUCAAAUCUAAAGGUUCAAUCAAUGAAGUCAACCAAAUUGCACAGCUCCGAAUUAUUGUAAAACCGAAGCCAUGUGUUGGAGUUGGGCCUCUAUGUAGUGCACAGCAAAUCUGUUACCAUGUUCUUGGGCUUGUACACGGAUUCUGGACCCCUAUUCCUCGAGCCAUGAAGGACUAUAUCGCGACCCCAAAGCCUAAUGGAUAUCAGAGUCUUCAUACAACUGUAAUUCCAUUUCUUUAUGAGAGCAUGUUUAGGUUGGAAGUUCAGAUAAGAACGGAGGAGAUGGAUUUGAUAGCAGAGAGGGGAAUCGCUGCUCAUUACAGUGGGAAAGUUUUUGUUAAUGGUUUGGUUGGGCAUGCUAUGCGUAAUGCCAGAAGUUCAAAAGGGAAAGCAGUCUGUCUUAACAAUGCAAACAUUGCCCUCAGGAUUGGCUGGCUUAAUGCAAUUAGAGAAUGGCAAGAGGAGUUCGUUGGCAACAUGAGCUCCAGGGAAUUUGUAGACACUGUCACCAGGGAUCUUUUGGGUAGCCGUGUCUUUGUUUUUACGCCAAGAGGAGAGAUUAAAAAUCUGCCAAAGGGGGCAACUGUCAUUGACUAUGCUUAUAUGAUACACACCGAAAUUGGCAACAAGAUGGUGGCUGCAAAGGUCAAUGGAAAUCUUGUUUCUCCUUUGCAUGUACUUGCAAAUGCUGAAGUUGUGGAGAUUGUUACCUAUAAUGCACUCUCAAGCAAAUCUGCUUUUCAGAGGCAUAAGCAGUGGCUGCAACAUGCAAAAACACGUAGUGCUAGACACAAGAUUAUGAAAUUUUUGAGAGAGCAAGCUGCACUAUCAGCAACCGAAAUAACUGCUGAUAAAGUAACUGAAUUUGUAGCUGAUUCUGAAGAAGAUAGUGAAGUGGAAGAGGUUGUAGAUUAUUCUCAAGGUAGCAAACACACGUGGGAGAAAAUUGUCAGAAAUGUUGUGGAUAUGUCCUCCUCAAAAACAAUUGGCGAAAAUGUUUUGCAAUCCCAGAAUGGUAGUAUCCAGGUCCCCAAGAUUAAUGGAAAACAUAAUAAGCUUAUGCAGAAUGUGAGUUUGAAGGCCAAAGAUGAGACGCUAUCCCAGGGAAACGGUGUCGCUAAGAUGAUACUUGCCAACAUUCCAGUGUACAGGGAAGUGUUGCCUGGCUUAGAGAGCUGGCAAGCUGGCAAGGUUGCUUCUUGGCACAACCUUGAAGGGCACUCAAUCCAAUGGUUGUGCAUUGUCUGUAUUGACCGAAGAGGCAUGAUGGCCGACGUCACAAUAGCAUUGGCAGCUGCAAGCAUCACCAUAUGUUCUUGUGCUGCCGAGAUCGACAGGGAAAGGGGGAUGGCCGUCAUGUUAUUUCAUAUUGAAUCAAGCCUGGACAGCUUGGUUAGUGCUUGUUCGAAGGUCGAUCUAAUUCUUGGGGUUUUAGGAUGGUCCACUGGUUGCAGCUGGCCAAGCUCAAUGGAAAACCACCCAGUUCUGGAAUGCUAAUUUUUCUGUGGUUAUGGUGAUCGGGUUAGGUGGCGGAGGCUUGAGUAAAAGUUCUCCAUUAAGAAAUUUGAGAUUUUUUUUGGGUAUUUAGCACUUUAGUUGUCGUCUAUUUGUUUGGCGCAGCAGCAGUCAACACGAAUGAGCAUGUGGAGUUGGGGGGACCUGUAUAGACAAAGAAGAGUAGUAAUCUGUCAAGUAUACGUGUAAAGGCAUUUUCAAAAUUAGGGUGACACAUUUAUACAAAGGGUGUUAUAGAGCACACUAUACAUGUAUUUAGGAUCUGUUUUUUCCUCUGGCAUAAUAAAGUGUUCACAAACUUAUGUGAACUUUAUCUUUGGCAACUUCUUGAGUAGUUUUUCUUGCUAGGACAUCUUAUUAAUCACUCUCACCGAAUCA